UUCUAAUCAGGCAAGAAAAAAAAGGAGGUUCAUAGAGUAAAGUGAAGAUGGAACCCUCUCAAAAAAAAAAAAAAAGUGAAGAUGGAGUAGAAGAAGAGUGAUAUAAUAGUAUAGGCCCAUAUAAUAUAUUGCUGCAUUUCCCGCCAAGUGAAAAGUGGGGCGCGAACAUCCAUUUCCCUGCAUCUGUGUGUCUUGUUCUUCUACACUCCAAACCAAACCUAAAUCUCCGAAUCGCAAAAGAAUGAAGGGUGGUACGGUUCAGAUUAGCUGGCACGAGAGCAAACCCGUCCUAACCCUCGAUUUUCACCCUCUCUCCUCCACUCUCGCCACCGCCGGCGCCGAUUUUGACAUCAAGUUUUGGUCAAUAAAACCCGCGGGAGCACAGAAGAAGCUUCCCGUAGUUUCCUAUCUUAGUAACCUCUCUUACCAUUCUUCUGCGGUCAAUGUUAUUCGCUUCUCUUCUUCCGGGGAAUUGCUAGCCUCUGGUGCUGAUGGAGGGGACCUUAUAAUAUGGAAGCUACAUUCUACUGAUGCUGGUCAGACAUGGAAGGCUCUCAAGACUUUAAGAUCACAUCACAAGGACAUUCUAGACCUGCAGUGGUCUACCGAUGCUGCGUAUAUCAUAUCUGGAUCAGUUGAUAAUUGUUGCAUUAUAUGGGAUGUUAACAAAGGAACUAACCUUCAGACAUUGGAUGCCCAUGCACACUAUGUUCAGGGGGUUGCAUGGGACCCUCUGGGAAAGUAUGUCACUUCUCUUAGUUCUGACAGGACUUGCCGAAUUUACAUCAACAAGCCUCUUAAAUCAAAGGGCGUUGAGAAAAUCAAUUAUGUUUGCCGGCAAGUCAUUUCCAAGGCAGAUCAGCCAUUAUUAAAGAAUUCUAAGGAGACAAAAUUUCAUCUCUUCCAUGAUGAGACGUUGCCAUCUUUCUUCAGAAGAUUAGCAUGGUCUCCUGAUGGUUCAUUUCUACUUGUGCCUGCAGGCUCUUACAAAAUUAAUACUGCAUCUGAAUCUGUGAAUGCAGCUUACAUAUUUUCUAGAAAAGAUCUUUCUAGGCCUGCUAUACAGCUUCCCUGUGCAAGCAAAGCUGUUGUAGCUGUCCGGUUCUGCCCCAUAUUUUUUAAACUUCGGGGAAUGAACUCAGCUGGGUUAUUUAAGCUCCCAUAUCGCAUCAUAUUUGCUGUGGCCACUUUGAAUUCAUUGUACAUUUAUGAUACGGAGAGCACCUCUCCAAUUGCUAUAUUAGCUGGUCUUCACUAUGCUGCAAUAACAGAUAUUACCUGGUCAUCUGAUGCUCAUUAUUUGGCAUUGUCGUCACAAGAUGGCUUCUGCUCUUUAGUGGAAUUCGAAAAUGAUGAGCUCGGAUCACCUUACUCUUUAUCAGGUAAGCAGCCUUACCUUUUCUGCUGUCAUAUUGUCACCACGUCGAGGUUUUUUACUUUAUUACCUUUUUUUUUUCUAGAAGGAAAUGUAUCAAACAGUGAUAGUAAAGGCACUGUACAGACAGUCGAUAACACUGUCACUGUAUCAACUAGGAAUGUUAGUGCAGUUCUAGCAGAGAGCAAAAAAAUGGAUUCAGAAGAGAAGGCUGAUGACAUGGUCAUUGAAGCAUCUGGGAAUAUUGGGGCUGUCAGAACAGAAAGCGGGACAACUGUAACACAAGAGAAUGAGACAACCGGGAUUGUGGAAGCGGUUAGAGAAAAUAGUAGGGAAAAUAAAUCAGAAGAGAAAACUGAUGACAUGGUUAUUGAAACAACUGGAAGUAUUGGUGCUGCUGAAUUAGAUUGUAGAAAAGCUGAACCAGAAGGUAAGGGAGAGAAAGAACCACGGAAUUUGGGUACUGUAAAUUUUGGAGUACAAUACAAGGCAGAGAAACAGCCAGCUAAUCCAGAUCUAGAUGUUAAACAAACGGAAGCGAAGGAGAAGACAGAGAAACUGCAAUCAAGUUUAGAUAGUAUAAAAUCAGGGCCAGAAGAAAAGGCAGGGCAACAAUUGUCCAGUUCGAAGAGUACACCCACUUCAAAUAAGCCAGCCAGGAAGCGUAUCACUCCUAUUGCCAUUGAUCCAUAAAUUUUCAUUUCCAUCCAUGCUCGCCUGUAUACAUCUUUUUGCGCUUCAUUUAUUUGGAAGUCAUAUUUCCCCCCUUUUCUCAUUGUUUUCUUUGACAUAUUCUGUAAUAUAGAUUCCAAAUAUAAUAUUUAAUGAAAACAAUCUUCAUUUUUGGAGUACU